AUGCUUUUGUUGAAGAAGUUCACACCGCGGGUUGAUUCACGGUUGCAGCAAAGGGUAUACGCGUUCCAAGAUUUAGAAUCUUCAGAAUCAGAAUCAGAAGUUGAAAUUGAGGAUGAUAAAGACCAUCAUGAACCAGAUGUAAUAGAGGAAAAGGAAGAAAAACUUCAUGUUCAAGGAAAUAGAAUUUCUAAUGAACAAUUACGUCAAUAUUUUACUUCAAAAAAUAGUAAUGAAAUAAUCAAGAAUUUACCAAAAGAAUCAAAUUCAAUCAAAAGUCAACCUCAACAACAACAACAACCCCAGACGAAUGGGAAAUUAGAAAAACAACAAUUAGAUUUGAAGAAAAUCGAAUAUAGGAAAAAAAUUGAUAUCGUUUGGAAUUCAAUCAUUUCAAAAUAUAGUGCAUAUGAUGAAGAUGACCAGGGUGAUUUAAUUAAUUUAGAAGAUUUCAGUAUAGAAGAAGAUAAAGGUCAUAUCAAACAAUUACAAAAUUUCCAAAGAACUACGAUAUGGAAUGAUAUUAAUGAUUUAGAAAAUGGUAAUUCAAAUUCAAAACAUGAAGAUUUUAGAAAAGAUUUCGAUCCAAGCCAAGAUCCAAUCAAUUUAUUAAAUAGUAAUAAUUCUUCAAGAUGUUCAACUCCUUCACAAUUAGAUUUAUUGAAUAAUGUUAACCAAAACAAUAAAUCAAUUCCACAAUCUCGUGUUAAAACACCUACAACAAUGAAAUCAAACCAUAUAAAUUCAUUGAAUAGUGAUGUCAAAGAUCCAAUUACAUUAUUAACACCAAAACCUUCAACAAGACCAACUAGAAUAACAUCACCAAGAAGAAGAGCCUUAUUGAAUAAAUCUUUCUCAAAACAAAGAAAUAAACCUGAACAUGUCGAUCUUACAAAUGAUCCAAUAUCAAUGUUGACACCAACAAAACCAUCAAGAAUUUCAACAAGAAUUUCAACAAGAAGAACUUCACCAAAGAGAUCAUCAAUUAUUAAUAGUAAUGAAAUUCCAAACGAACCAUCAUCACCAAUGAGAUUUAUGACUCCAUCAUCACCUGUAUUCAAUCAAAAUCAUCAUCAAAAUGGUAUGAAUGAAGUUAGAUAUAAUGAAAAUUCAGAUUCAGAAGAUGAUGAACAAACUCUCAAUGAAACCCCUGAUACAAAUCAUGAUCCAAUUUCUUUAUUAUCUAAACCAAAGACAAGAUCUUAUCCAUCUGUAUAUUCAAGAAUUGAUACAUCACCAUUAAGAUCAAGAGUUGAACCAUUAACAAGACAACCAUCAAGAGGUCGUACUUUGAAAAGAUCAAGUUAUGAAGGAUAUACUCGUCAAUCAUCACCAUUAAGACAAAUUGAAGAAGAUGAAGAAACUAUAGAGUUUAAAAUUCCUAAAAUUACACCUUCCAAAAGAAAUAAUCGUGUAUUAAACCAUUCCAAACAACAACCAAAUACUCCAUUAUCAUCAUUAAGAAACCAUUCAAAUCAUAAAAACUUGGAUUUUGCUAAUGAUCCAAUAUGUUUAUUAACUCCUAAAUCAAUGACACGUCGUAAUUCAAGAAUACCAACAAGAUCAUCUUCACCAAAUUCUCUUCAUAAGAGACAAAAAAUUGAUCAAAAUGAUGAUCCAAUAGUACUAUUAACACCAAGAUCAAGUUCCAAGAGAUCAAGAUCUAUAAAACCUCAAAUAAAUUCCAAACCACCACCAAAAUUCAAUAUAAAUUCUACUCCAUCAACAAAUUUACAUCCAUAUUAUCAACCACCGCCACCACCACCACCACAACAACAACAACAACAAAGUAAUCCAUUUUAUCAACCACACCAACCACCAUAUUUACCAUAUAACAUGCCAAUGAAUCCAUAUUCAAUGAUGAGUACACCAAUGACAUCAAGAGAUCAAACACCAGGUCCUCAACAUCAAUCUCAACGUCCAAGACAUACAAAACCUAUGAAACAUCAACAUCAAAAUCAUAAAAAAAAUCCAAUAAAUUCAAUUCCAAAUACUCCAUUAAAAUCAUCUUUUAAAUCAAGACCUAAUACUGAAGCUCCAACACCAAAUCCAUUACAAUAUUCAUAUCCAAAUCCUUAUCAAUUUCCUCAACCUAAUGUUCCACAUCAACAAAUGCCACAACAUAUGCCUCAACAAAUGCCACCAAUGAUGAUGAAUCCUUAUAUGAAUCCAUAUAUGUUUAUGCCAUAUAUGCCAAUGAUGCCAAUGUAUCCACCAGGUUCUGCUCCUCAAGGUUAUCAUGAACAACAAUCUCAACAUCCUCUUUUAAAACAUUCAGAUGAUUAUGAUGAAGAUGAAGAAGAUGAUGAAGAUGAAGAUAAUGGUGAAGAUUAUGAAAUGAUUUCAGAUAUACAAUUUUAUAGAGAUUAA